AUGUCCUUCGCCGUUAACCCACCGCCGGCCGUCCGAUCCUUCCCCUUCUCUCGAUCACCCAUUGGCCGCACCCCACGUGUCUCCAUGGUCGUGCGUUCCGGCGCCGGUGUUCCAAUCGCCACCGCCGCUGCACUCCCUAUCUUGACGAAAUUGCAAAACGACUGCGCCACCCCUCUCCCCGUCCUCCGCCACGUUGCCGAUGCCAUGGCUACUGAUAUGCGAGCCGGCCUCGCCGUUGACGGCGGCAGUGAUCUUAAGAUGAUCCUUAGCUACGUUGAUUCUUUGCCAACUGGGAAUGAAAGAGGGUUGUUCUACGCAUUGGAUCUCGGGGGUACGAAUUUCCGAGUUCUUAGAACUCAAUUAGGUGGAAAAGAUGAUCGGGUGAUCGCCACAGAAUGUGAUCAAGUUUCAAUCCCACAAGACUUGAUGUUUGGCACUUCUGAGGAACUUUUCGACUUUAUCGCUUCUGCAUUAGCAAAAUUCGCACAGAAAGAGGGCGGAAAGUUUGUGCUGCCGGAUGGUAGAAGUCGAGAGACGGGGUUUACUUUCUCUUUUCCGGUGAAGCAAACCUCCAUUGAUUCCGGGAUACUGAUCAAAUGGACAAAGGGUUUCGCAGUCUCGGGAACGCCCGGGAAGGAUGUUGUCGCUUGUUUAAAUGAAGCUAUGAAGAGACAAGGGCUCGAUAUGCGGGUGUCGGCCUUGGUUAAUGAUACAGUGGCAACACUAGCCGGAGCGAGAUACUGGGAUAACGAUGUCAUGGUUGCCGUAAUUCUCGGAACGGGAACCAAUGCUUGCUAUGUAGAAUCUGUGGACGCCAUUCCGAAACUAAAUGGACAGAAAACAACCUCUGGAAGAACGAUCGUCAAUACCGAAUGGGGAGCGUUCUCGAACGGUCUUCCAUUGACCGAGUUCGAUAGGGAGAUGGAUGCGGAGAGUAUAAACCCCGGUGAGCAGUUGUUUGAAAAAACGAUCUCGGGUAUGUAUCUUGGCGAAAUUGUGAGACGGAUACUCGUGAGGAUGGCAGAAUCAGGCUCGUUAUUCGGAAAGCAUGUUCCCGAAAGACUAAGAACCCCGUUCACACUCGGGACCCCAAAUAUAAGUUCUAUGCAGCAGGAUACUUCUGAAGAUCUUGAAGCUGUUGGAUCCAUCCUUUAUGAAGCAACUGGGGUGGACUCAAAUUUGGAUGCGAGGAAGAUGGUGGUGGAGGUCUGUGACACGAUCGCAAAGCGUGGGGGCCGGUUGGCUGGAGCGGGAAUUGUGGGGAUACUCCAAAAGAUGGAGGAGGAUUCUAAGGGAAUCGUGUUUAGAAAGCGUACGGUUGUUGCAAUGGACGGGGGUUUAUACGAACACCACCCUCAGUAUCGCAGAUACCUUAAAGAUGCGGUAACGGAGCUUUUAGGGCCGGAGUUAUCGAACAAUGUGGUUAUCGAGCAUUCGAAAGAUGGAUCGGGCAUUGGAGCUGCUCUCUUAGCUGCUACAAAUUCGAUUUACGAACACUAAUAUAUUUAGAGGGUGAUUUGCGACCCGAAAUUACUUAUUUGAUCACUUUGUAUCUUAUAUUUGACUUUUUUUCUUUAAAU